UGAGUUAACGAUGCUUCACAAACUGCCUGCAGACGGUGAGUUUGGUAGCUGAGUUAGAAAGUAAAAAAGUUAGCUCCUUGAAAUUGCGGGAUCUGGGCAUAGCACUCCAAAAACUCGUAAACUCCCAAACUGCAGACAAGCUGCAACUACUUGAGCUGGGACACCUGCAUGAGUAGUAGCAUGUCCCUGCAAACUCUGACUGCAGUGAACUGUGCAAGUCUUCUUCAACCAGGCUGCUCACUGCUCCAGCUGGAUGGAGAAGUGUUCCUGUUUGGUCAGAAAGGCUGGCCCAAGCGCUCAUGUCCGACUGGUGUCUUUGGGGUUCGACUGAAGUCCGGAGAACUAAAGCUCCGAGCCAUCUCCUUCUCCAACGACUCCUGCUACCUCCCUCCUCUGCGUUGUCCUGCCAUAACGCGCCUUGAGCCCCAUGACGGAGACGCAGAGGGGUACCUCGUCCAUGGGGGCCGCACCCCAAACAAUGAAAUCUCAGCCAGCCUCUACCUGUUGACCUUGGACAGCCGCGGCUGCAACCGCAAGGUGACCCUGCGCUGCCAGGAGAAAGUGCUGGUGGGGGAAACCCCAGGGCCACGGUACGGCCAUACCCUCAGCAUGGUGCACAGCCGAGGAAAGAAGGCCUGUGUUCUGUUUGGUGGCCGAUCCUACAUGCCCGCAGGGGAGCGGACCUCGGAGAACUGGAACAGCGUCGUGGACUGCUCCCCUCAGGUGUUCGUCAUCGACCUGGAGUUCGGCUGCUGCUCCGCCCACGACUUACCUGAGCUCGGUGACGGCCAAUCCUUUCACCUGGCUCUGUCCAGGGAGGACUGUGUCUACUUCCUGGGAGGUCACACCCUCUCCUCCGACUCCCGCCCGCCUCGGCUCUUCCGCCUGCGGGUCGAGCUUCUCCAGGGCAGCCCCCUUCUCUCUUGCCAGGCCCUGGACACUGGCAUCUCCAUUACCAGCGCCAUCGUCAACCGUGUCAGCCCCUCACAUGAGUACAUCAUACUUGGGGGAUAUCAGUCAGAGACCCAGAAGAGGAUGGAAUGCAACAGUGUGGUUCUUAGUGACACAGGUAUCCACAUCGAACCCAGAGAUCCCCCCCAGUGGACCGCGGACAUCAGCCACAGCCGCACCUGGUUCGGUGGCAGUCUCGGGGAGGGGACCGUCCUCAUUGGAAUCCCGUCAGAGGGCAGGCCGUCCUUACCAGAAGCCCAUUACUUCUACCAAGUGUGCUUUCAGAAAGACGGGGAGGUAGAGGAGGAGGGCGGGACGCAGGCCUGCAGCCAGGAGUCCACAGAUUUCGAGGACUCGGCUCCACUCGAGGACUCGGAGGAACUGUACUUUGGCCGCGAGCCCCACGAGCUGGAGGACAGCAGUGAAGGAGAGGGAGAUACUUACAACGAGGAGGACGAGGAGGACGAGUCCCAGGCCGGCUAUUGGAUCAAAUGUUGUGCGGGCUGCCAGGUGGACCCCAACACUUGGGAGCCCUACUACUCCACGGAGCUCUGUCGGCCUGCCAUGAUCUACUGCUCCAGGGGGGAAGGAGGCCACUGGGUCCAUGCCCAGUGUAUGGAGCUGUCAGAGAGCCUUCUGGUGAAGCUGUCUCAGGGUAACAGCAAGUACUUCUGUCUGGACCACGGAGGCCUGCCCAGGCAGGAGACGACCCCCCCACGCCAGCAGCUGACACUGAAGCGCACCCCAAUGAAGAUGCAACAUCGAAAGACCUCAACCAUUUCUCUAACCCCGGCCAAGAAGAGCUUCUUGAGGAGGCUGUUUGAAUGAUUCAUGAUUAUGCUACAAAUUGGACUGACUAAGUUUUUUUGGAAACAUCUACUGUCGACACCGUUUAUAAUACAUUCGAUUAGCAAUAUUCUCAUAACAAAUUGUACCUUAUUGAAAAUCUUAUAUUUUACAUUGUUAUAAAAAAAAGCUUAAUCAAU